CAGCACAAGGACUUGAUGAAAUCUUUUGUUUAUAAUUUCUAGUAGAUGUUCAUUGUGAGGAAGAAAUGAAUUACAAAAUCAAUUACACUGGAAAUCAGAACCGAGCAGCUUACUGUCAGGAACACUGAAACAGAAACUCCUCCUCGACAAAACGUUUCGCGCCGUUUUUUCGAUUUCCAUUGCAAAACGUGGACUGAUGACCUACCUUGACACCAACAAACAAUACUGAGCGACAACAGACUACUGUAACCUGCAUCUUUUCUGUCAUCACGACGAUGCACAGAAAAGCCAUUCGGUUGCAGAUGGACAUCCGGAGCGACGAUAAUAACAACUACAGAAAAAACAGCAGAACAACAUGCCAUUAGAGUGAGGACAUACACCAACAAGAAACCUAAUUAUUUUUUAAAUUAGAAAACAAGUGUACGAUAUCAUAUUGAGCUGCUGCAAUACCGCGCAUAAUAGAGAAGAAGACCGAUAAGAAAGAGAGCAAACAGAAAAAUCCACAUCUGGUUGGCACUAUAUCCACUUAUUUCACUUCAACCGUUCAACGUAUAGCAGAGCGGAUGUUGUAGAAGUUGGAUCGGAAUGGUAGAAACAACGGCUCUCGUUUCUUUGCAUCCGGAAGUCAUUGGUUUGUUCCCUUUGAACAAACUCGGUGUGGUAUGCAAUUCUUCCCAAUUCCCCACAACUCGUGAACUCUCGGAGCACGGUAAAACACCAUCAUUGAGGAGUGUGGUGCUGUAGGCGGUCGGCGGCGACGCAAUGAAUCCCGCAUUCUCAGUUCGAUUAUGAAAGCGAGACACAGACUGUGGUGUUUAUGGUCCGCUCGAGUGAGUGAGCAGAAAUGUAAUGAUGGAUGGUGCUGUGAAGAAGUGUUGCUAAAAGGGCAGCCAAGAAUGAAUAUUAGCAUAGAAUUACGACUCGAGGGAAUUCUGUAGUCAUACAAAACGGUUAGGAAAUGUUUAAAAGAAGUAAAAUCUAAAAAGAGAAACCAAAAUGCAACCAAUAACGGGAUCAUCAUCCUCCUCAUACUGGAAUCUUUUUGUGAUUACUUGUUCGCACUCUGUUCGCAGAUGCUGUGAAUGCCAAUGUGCGUUGUAUGUGGUGUUGUGAGACGAUUUUCGUGGCGCGUAGCUACGUAUCUCGUCAAACCAAGAAAGCGGGGAAGAGAAGUUAACUAAAGAGGCGCGCGCGGUACUCGGUAGCAGAAGCCGCUCGCUUUGGGUUUUGCACAAGUUUGCCAGGGAGAAGGCUGGAGUCCGAGAUAUUUUUGUAUAAUAGUCCAUUUAUGCAUUGAA